ACUGUUCGGGCGCGUUGGCUGAGAGCGUUCGUUAGCGUUGCUUGGCAAUUCUUUAAUUUUUUUUUUGCGCUUUUGCUAAUUGUGUGAUAUCAAACUGUAUUUUGUUUCCGCCAGUGUGAGCGUGCCUGACUAUUUUUUAUGGUCAAAAAAUAAUCUUACCACAAGCAUGUGUCGAAGUACAAAUUUUUGCUAACUGAAUUAAAACCGGUUGUGUACCCUCAACAUUGAAGUAGCUUAAGAGCGGCAGCAAAUAACAAUAAACAAAUCAACGCAGUGUUUUUAGUCAUCCACCGCUUGCCCACCGUGAAAUAAAGAGAGAAUGCCUGUUAAGUCAGUGGCCCGCCAGCAGAGCCAGACGCCCGCUCAGCAGCUGCAGCAGCAGCACCAGCGGGAUGUGGAAAAUGGCCUCUAUCCGAAUAUACCGCCCGAGCGGCGAUCGCCGACACGUCCAGUGCGGCCGCCAACGAUGCGUCAGGACACCAUCGAUAUGGAGGAGAUACCUCUCAAUAACUCCAAUUCACAGCAAGAGCCAGAUGAGCGUCAAAAAAUGCGACAAUUAUUCGACAAGCAUGACGCGGAUCGAGAUGGCCUUAUCGAAAUACACGAGCUGAAGGAUCUAAUUUCGACUGGCUGCUGCCACGAUAUACCCCCCUACAUUGCCGAGCAGAUAUUGCACCGCAGUGAUGUGGAUAACAAUGGACAUCUGGACUUUGAGGAGUUCUAUAGCAUGUCGCUGCGCCACAAGUUUAUGAUACGCAAUAUGCUCACCAGGUAUUGUCGGUAUGUGGUGCCGCCGCCGCGGCCGCUGGAGGGCGACGAGCCUGAUGGUGCGUACGAGAAACAAAUGUCCAUCUGUCCGCCGCCGCUGACUAUGGUCAUUUUCUCCAUCAUUGAGAUCAUCAUGUUUCUGGUGGAUGUCAUUUACUUUCAGGACGAUCCGAACCACAACCAGCGCCUGGGCGAGAGCACCAAUGGACCAGCGGCGACGCUCUGCAUUUACAAUCCGUACAAGCGUUACGAAUCGUGGCGCUUUCUCAGCUACAUGUUUGUGCACGUGGGCAUCAUGCACCUCAUGAUGAACCUGAUCAUACAAAUCUUCCUUGGCAUUGCUCUGGAGUUGGUGCAUCACUGGUGGCGAGUAGCGCUCGUCUACUUGGCUGGCGUACUAGCCGGAUCUAUGGGUACCUCGCUGACCAGCCCACGUAUCUUUCUGGCAGGCGCCUCGGGCGGAGUGUAUGCAUUGAUCACUGCGCACAUUGCCACGAUCAUUAUGAACUACACGGAAAUGGAGUACGCCAUUGUGCAACUGCUUUUAUUCCUUGUGUUUUGCUUCACCGAUCUGGGCACGUCAGUAUACCGUCAUUUAACUGAUCAGCAUGACCAAAUAGGGUAUAUUGCGCAUUUGUCUGGAGCCUUGGCUGGCCUUCUUGUAGGCAUCGGAGUGCUGCGAAACCUGGAGGUGCGUCGCUGGGAACGGAUACUUUGGUGGAUAGCUGUCAUCUUCUACUUUGCCCUCAUGACCACCGGCAUCAUUGUGCACAUCUUUGUGCCCGACUACUUUCCCAAGGCCGAAAUCAACUGAGAUGUGCAGCAAUGACAAAUUAACUUUAAGUCACGCAGCCGUAGCCUUAGCCUUAGUCUCAGGUUGUCCAUGUACAUGUCCAAAGUGCACUUGAUUUUUAUCUUGAUCUAGGCCAUCCCUUAGCUUGAGUACAUGUAGUUCGAUAAGCUUCAAACCAUGCUAUUACUAUUAACUUAUUUCGUAACGAGUGUCGAGCGUCUCUACCUUUAUAAACUUAUUUUAUUGAUUACCAAUAACACUUUGCCACCCCAAUGUAUUUACUCUCAUGUCACCUGAUUACAUAAGAAAUCGUCUAUACGGACACACACACACAUGUACUACUUAUACUUAUCUUUUAUUCAUAUAUAUAUUUAUAUAUAUAAAUAGUUAAGCAGAAUGCUAUUCGCUUUCCUCCUCUUCGAAUUGAAAACCAACUCCAUUUGCUCUGGACCUGACACUAUACCCUAAGUGGGAACCAAAAUACAAAUCCUUGCGCCUUUUGUAAAUACAAAUAUUGCUUUCUAUAUUAUAAGCAACAUACACUGUGCGCUUAGAAGCAAGAGAAAAGUAUUUAAAACAAAUCAAUGCAAAGAGGAAGUCGCUUAUCUCCAUUUGCUAGGGUAUUUUGUUCGUUGUACUCAUUUUACACAACUUUCUGAAUAAAAAGAAUAUAUGUUCUGUUCCAUGUUUAAUAUACGUCUAUAUUACCCUACAAACUUAUUUAUUUUUGUAUCAUUUAUAUUACAUUUGCGUACUAUGCUGGCCUUUUACUUACGCACAACGCUAUCUAAACAUGUAAAAGUAUUUUUAUCCAGUUGGAAAGCACAGUAGUGCGUCUUGCAAGACAUUAGCAUCAUAAAUAAAGUCAAGUCAUUCUUCACUGCGAUUAUUACAAAAUAUUUACACAGAAUGCACAGAAUUACGCGACUCUGCAAUUAAAUAUAUACUAGAUUUAGAUAUAUUUGUAUGUUUUUGAUAUAUAUAUAUAUA